AUGGGCCACAGUGGCCCAAACCAGAGAAAUCCUUGUUGCAGUGGCUACGGAAGCGUAAAAACAUGUUCUUCUGCCAUGAGAGAUCUCUGUGGUGUCACGUUGGAAAUUUAUGCAGUUUUAUUUGCGCUGCUGCCUAUUGCUGUUGACCGCUCAUGUGAUGCUUCAAUGAAUGACAGACUCCUGCUUUUUUUAAUGAAGCUAAAGUUGGGCAUUGGGUACCCAUCACUGACCACUCUGUUUUCUGUCAGCAGAAUGACUGCUGCAAGGCACUUUAAUAGCGUGCUUCGCACACUGGCUGCCGCCACUGAGAAAUUGAUAUUCGUUCCACCCAGACACAUCAUCCGGUCUCUAAUGCCCAAUGGCUUCAAAGCGCACUACUCAAACUGCAUUAUGAUUAUCGAUUGCACAGAGGUUCCCACAGAGCAGCCAGCUUCUGUAGCACAGCAGAGGGCACUCUAUACAAACUGCAAGGGUGGUUACACGCUGAAAUUUCUUGUAACAAUCAUACCCAAUGGAGCUGUCUGUUUUCAUUCUAAAGCGUAUGGUGGAAAGUGUUUUGAUGCUUUAGUCACAGUGCAUUCUGACUUCCUCAAAGAAGUAGAACCAGGCGACAUGAUCAUGGCUGAUAAGGGCUUUCCCGGCAUUACAACGGAUUUCGGGAAGGCAGGGGCUGUAUUUGUUAUGCCUCCUUUACUCAGAGGCCAGGGUCAGUUCACGGAGGCUGAUCAGACCUAUAACAUUGCAAGAGUGGGAAUUCAUGCGGAGCGUAUGAUCCAGCGGAUCAAGAUGUACAAUUGGCCCGCUACAAAUGUUUUAAAUACACGUGUGCCUAUUGAAGGGAUUCCUGCCAUGUCCGACGUUUUCCAUGUGUGUUGUGUACUGGCCAAUAUGCAGACUCCAAUAUUAAAGGAGCCAACGAUUUCAGAAUCUUAG